AUGCGCGGGGCACCCGCUCCCGCCCCUCCGGGAGUGAUCCUGGGAGGCGUCGGCGGGCGCAGUGGCAGAGUACCCCCGCCGCCGCCGCUGCCCCCACAUGGCGCUAUCGAUCUCCCCGCCAGUGGUGGGUCAGAGGCAGUGGUUGGUGCUGGUGCGGUGUUUGGCGGAACCGUUCUCCGGAACGAUUCGUCGCUGGACGACUCGAAACGCUACCGGCUGGAAACCCCGGGGCGGGGAAAAUUUUGGGAAGAGGACGUGUUUUCGGAAUCCGGCGGCGGCGGCUGUGGUGGUAGCACAAUCGGGGAGGACCCGCCCCCGGCCACGGCCGCGAAACGCUUCGCCUCGUGGCAGAACCUCCGAAGCUUGCCGGGAGGAGGAGCGACAGCGGCAGACGCUAGAGGCGUUUCGCCGAUCGGGGCGACGGGGAACGUGGGUCCCCGGGGCGUCGGCGGCGGAGGUGGCGGUGGCUUGGGUGGUGAGAGGGGCGGGGACGUGUUGAGCCGGGAGGCGUUCGAGGCUCUGCUGCCGUGCAUCUUCCAUGCUGAUGCCGUCCAUGACGAGGUGUCUCAUAUCCUGUGGGCACGGACGAGAGGGCGAGUGUCCUACCUGGCGGACCUCUGCCGGAGUCUCACUGGGACCUCGAGAGGGGCCGCCGGUAGCGGCAGCAGCGGCGGCACGAGCUUCGGCGAGGUGGGGGAGGACGGUACCUGGAGGCUGAGGUUGAACGAGUUUGCCCAUGUCUUGAAGCUGGCGUCGAGAGUGCCGGCUGGGGUGGAGGGGGCCCUGCAGCGAAGACUGGACGAGCUGCCCUACAACGCCAGACAGGUGGUGCUUCGAGUGGUCUGUGUCACGGUCGUCGCGGGUGUCGGCGAAAUCGACCUCCUGCUUCACCUACUGACCAACGUCGCCCCGUUCAAAGAGUACUGGAAGGCCGUGGUGUCCCAACACGAGAGCGGGGAGGCGACCACAAGGCGCCGCAGCAGCCGCUCCCGUCGCGGAACAGGCACGCCCCCCCGGCGGUCCUUGACCUUGUCCCCUGUCAACACCUCUCCCAGCGUCGCCAGCACCCCGGCCACCGACGCCGCCAGCACUGGGGCGUCGGCGGUUGCUAGGGCAGCCGUCGAACGCCGCGAUAUCGCCCGCGGUGGCGGCGGCGGUGGGGGCGGCAGCGGAAUGGCACACGCCGAUGCGGAAGCAGCACCACCUGAGGCAGCAAUUGCGACGAGACAAUCACCCCCGCGUGUGCAGUCCAUGUCUGAAGCGGCAGCCGCGGCGAUGACCGAGUUCUUGCGAGACGAGGCAGGGGCGGCGGGCGCAGAGCAAGACCGGAAACGGACGCGCUCGGACGUCCCUGGGAGGCCUACCGCACGUGACUCAGGAGGGGACGCGGGCUUGCGGACAACAACGCCUGCCAGCCCGGCGACCGCUAGAAGGGCGGCCUCGGCCAUCGACAAGUCGGCGGGUGUCGACUCGGAACCGGGGGCCGGGGAGGAGGCGCUGCGCUCUUGCCUCGCCAUGCUCGAGGCGGGGGGGUUCCUGAGGCUGUGUGAAGGAGGGAAGACGUUCGUCUGCGACGAUAUGAUGCUGAUGGAUCAGGUGUACGCUUCCACCCCCUUCAAGCUUCGCAAGAGCUUACACAAGGAGGCCGCACAGUGGAUCUCCGACAGGCACCGACGGGAUUUCCGCGAUCGGGCCGACGUCAUGCCCAUGCUGAUCAACCACCUCACGCAAGCUCACGAGGAGGCACGGGCGCAGGCCAUGCUGGCCGUACUCAAGGUCCUUGGAGGGCGUUUCCUGGACCGGUGGGUUUUGGAGCACGUUCGGCAACUGGUGUCCAUUCGGGAGACGCCCCGCAAUCCCACGGCCUCCGAGCAUUUGGCUCUGUGUGUGCUGCCAGCACUGCCAUCGUUGAGAGGCCUGUCCAAGGCCAUCCGUGGAGCGGAGAUAGCCGGCGUGGUGGUCGGCGUGGCACUACGACUGCGGUCGCUCCGCUUCAAAAACGUGGACGUGAUGGCCACGCCGAGACAUCGUCGAAGUCUCUCCAUCUCCGGAUCGUCGUUCAAGCACGACAUCGACACUGAUUCUCCUCCAAGGGCGAACAUCCGAGGCACCUUGGUCAAGCGCCGCAGCGCUUCGCUAGCGGGCAACGCCAUAGCCCCGUCCCCGUCCAAAUGGGAGUCAUUGCCCGCCGCUGCCUCCAACUCUGACGGUUUCGAGAUCGUGAUAACUGAUACCAGUGCUAUCGACGGCGCCGGUGGUGGCCGCGAUAGGGAUGGUCGGGAUUCUCGCUUACCACUGCUGUCGUCCAGCCGAACAGCGUGAUUUCCUAGCCAGCAGCAACGCGGCGUGAGAGUACGAGAAGUGAUGGCCAUGGUGUGUUUGGUGGCCUCAUUCUCAUUCGGGUCGUACGUUUUUGUAUUUGAUGCUCUUUGUCUUCAGGUUUUGGAUUUGUUUUAGUGAGCGUAUUCCCUAAGUCGAUUGAACCAUGAAGCUCGGCGAUAUGCCGUGCCUGAAUAAGUAUUGGGACGAGAGUUUCGUACCCAAUUGGCUGUACCAUGAUGGGUGUUUUUUUCAGCAAUGCCUUGGACAAGAUUGUCUUACACCGGGAACAUAGCCGGGAUGCAGGUAUUCCUGCGGAGUCAUGGUCACACAUCCGAAGAACGUUAAGUCUCAGGAAAGGUUAUCUAUAUAUUUGCGGUUGAGAACUUCGUGGUCAUUUGUGGUCGCUAUUGCGUUGGGUUCAGUUUACCUUGUUAGUAAUUGCAUGUGCUUGGGUCAUCCCCCCCUGCACACUGCUAUGGCGUUCGUCGUCGUUUCCGUUGGCAUCAGCCAUACGACUGUUAGACGGAAGGUUAUACAAGUACGAUAAGCGGAGGGCUCCUUAGUAGUAUCAUACCUGGUACAGGCUGCCAAAGCUUUGUGGUGAUGCGUA